CGGCAUUAAAAGAAGAAGGAUGUAAGCCCAGCUAGCUUUGUUUGCUGUCACAGUUGAUAUUUACAGAAGUGAAAGUGGCUGUAUUCGCGUAAAUUUCUCUUGUUUUGUGUUUUAAAUCACAUUUAAACGUAUCAUGAGUACGACUCCGUCAUCAGUUUUAAGCUAACCACGUUACGUAGAGUGUUAGCUUGAAAACUCCUUCGUUGUUGCUUGCUAGCUGGCAGCAAGGUUUAGAGUCAGGCCGAUGGCAGACCCUGCAAGGAUAAAAACCGAGGAGAAGACGACUUCUGUUGACGAGGAGCAUCAUGUCAAGACAGAACAACCUGAAAACCCAUCAGAGCCUGAAAAAUCUGCAGAAGAAAGUAAAGAGUCGACCGCGCAAGAUCAGCCUAAAGCAGCUCCUGAAGCAGCAACAGGAGAUGAUGAAGAGGAGGGAACCUCUGGUCAGCCUUCUGCGAAAAGACUGAAGGUGGAGCCAGAGAAGAAGAAGGAGAAGCGCCACAAAGUCGACGAAGAUGAGAUACAGAAGAUGCAAGUUUUGGUGUCGUCCUUCUCAGAAGAGCAGCUGAAUCGUUACGAGAUGUACCGACGCUCUGCCUUCCCAAAAGCUGCUAUUAAGAGGCUGAUCCAGUCUAUAACAGGCUCAUCGGUGUCUCAAAAUGUGGUUAUUGCCAUGUCUGGUAUCGCCAAGGUUUUUGUUGGGGAAAUAGUUGAGGAAGCCUUGGAUGUUUGUGAGAAGUGGGGAGACACACCUCCUCUUCAGCCCAAGCACAUGAGGGAGGCAGUGAGGAGGCUGAAGAGCAGAGAUCGGAUUCCUAACACCAAGUACAAACACAUGGUGUUUCACUGAGACAGAGCAGAAGAUCCUGAUCCACACGUGGAAACCCUCACAUCAAUCAGCUCUUCUGUGUCCCAACAACCCAUACAGUUCAAUUUCUGACUGUUUUUUUUUUUAACAGUUGAACUGUGAUGUAAAGCCAGAAAGUGGACGGUUAAGGACUCGAUCUAAUAAAAUGUAAAUACAAGUUUUAUCAUUAAAUGUUUAAAGAUUGUGCCUCA